AUGAAUGGAAGGCCCGUCUAUGAGAGGACUCUUACAGAGUCGGAGCUGCUCGAGCAGCUCCCGAACGAGCUGGCCGGUUUGAUUCAGUCAGCCUCGGAGACUCAACAACUUCAUGCGCUCGCUCUUAGCGCACUUCACAGUCAAUUCACAGAGAGCGUGUUCCAGCUCUACGAGCCACUGAUCGUUGAGCUUGGAGCACGAUGGAUUCGACCAGAUACUGGAGCCGAUCCAAUUGAUGUUUUGGCGGCAUUCGCCCGGAUUUUACCAAUCGCGGCAUACCUUCUUCCAUUCGCAAGCCAGCAUGCCUCCUCGCAAAGUGGCAGCUUAUCUGCCCUCUCGGGCUCCAAGGAAUUGACACUGCGGCAGUUGGGCUCGGAAGAAAUUCGCAAGAUACUUCUUGCACUCUUCCGACUCAUGUCAUUCGAUCUGGAAACGUUCGCCAAAGUCGUGUCACCGAUUCAACUACAAUCACUAUUUCCCCACGAAGACCGCGUCAUCCGAUACCUUGCGAUCCGAUGCUUCGCUCUCUACAUGCAUGCCGCCGAUGCUGCAACUGAGAAGAUGCUGCACAUCAAUACCGGCGUCGAGCCCAUCGAGGGCCACUGGGAAGGCAUUACAAUCGACUAUCGUCUUCUAGGUUUGUGGGAAGAGCGGCGAUGGGAGACCCUGGAAGAUCACAAGCGACUCAAAUCCACCACGUCACUGGAAAGUGAAGAAAUGGCAUUGGUUGAUGGCAUGAAAAAUGCUCUUACGGCCAGGUCUGCCAAUGUCUGCGGUAUCUUAGUGCCUCGGAUGAAAGAUGCGGAGGCCUUUGAGUCGUCAGUCGUCAAGACCCCGACAACAACGGCGAACAUUCGUCGAAUUGCGCGAUCACUCCUUGAAACCAAGCCUAUUCUACUCGUUGGCCUGCCCAACUCCGGCAAAACGUCGUUGAUCAAUGAUAUUGCUGGCAACAUGGGCCAGGCUGAUACGAUGAUCACUCUACAUCUGAACGAGCAAACGGACGCUAAAAGCUUGCUUGGGAUGUACGCGACGUCAUCUGCGACCGGGUCCUUCUCUUGGCAGCCUGGAGUGCUCACAAAGGCCGCAAGAGAAGGUCGAUGGGUACUCAUCGAAGACCUGGAUCGCGCGCCAUCAGAAGUCCUUGGUCUCAUUCUUCCCAUCAUCGAGCGAGGAGAGCUCACGAUUGCAAGUCGGAGAGAGCGAAUUAAAUGUGCAGAGGGUUUCAAGAUCAUUGCCACAAUGAAGUCAUCCUACAACAUGACCGGCGAGGAGAUUGCGCCGAGCUCGUCGAUGCUCGGUAGUCGCUUGUGGCAGAGAGUACACGUCCAGUCUUUGUCAAUAGAUGAGAUGAAAGAUGUAAUCUUGCAAAAGUUCCCUCUGCUGGAGUCGCGCGUGCCAACAAUUAUGGAAGUUUACAGAAGGGUCUGUUCAGCUUUCCACGGAAGCUUAGCAAUCAAAGGCUCGCAGGGGCGAACCCCCGGCUUUCGUGACUUGAUCAAACUCUGCAAUCGAUUGCAUCGCCGGCUCCAACUUAUCGGCGCGAAGACCGGCUUCGAAGCCGCACCCGAGAGCAUCGAGGAUGAGAUCUUACUUGAUGUCGUGGACGUGUUUCUCAAGUAUCUCCCUGAAAAGUCAAUGCAAAGCUCGCUGGCUGGUGUAGUCGCAGAGGCACUUCAUAUAUCGCCUCAGCGUGCGCGAUUCUGCCUAGAAGAGCGUGCUCCAACCUACCACGAUAAAAGCAGCUCUCUGGUACUCGGACGGGAGGUUCUGCAAAAAAUCAAAGUGCCGAGUGGUGCAGCACAACGUCUCGCCGCUGCUGCUUCUAGAUUUGCUUCCACGAGAUCGGCACUCUCGAUUAUGGAACAAGUCGCCGCCUCUGUGCAGAUGGCAGAGCCUGUUCUGCUUGUUGGUGAGACUGGUAUUGGAAAGACCACAGUGAUCCAACAGCUAGCGACACUGAUGCGCCAGAAGCUAACUGUCGUCAAUCUCUCCCAGCAAUCGGAGAGCACGGAUCUCCUGGGAGGCUUCAAGCCUGUGAGCAUUCGUACCAUGGCAGUGCCGAUGCUUGAUGAGUUCACGCAGUUGUUCGAAUUGACAUUCUCUGCCAAGAAGAAUCAGAAGUUCCUUGCCUCAGUUUCCAGAAGUGUUGCCUCGGGGAACUGGGUUCGUCUGGUCAAUCUUUGGCAUGAGGCUGUCCGUUUAGCGAAUGGAGUCUUCAACCCAGCACGCAAGGCCAAUGCUGAUGACGACGAGCAGCAACCGGCCAAAAAGCGUAAGCUUGACUCACCAAAAUACCAGCAGUUACGACAACGCUGGGAGAGUUUCGAGUCUCAGCUUUCAGACUUUGAGGCUCAGGUCUCUCAAGGUGAUGCCAAGUUCGCUUUUGCCUUCGUACAGGGAAAGAUUGUCAGGGCUUUGAGGAACGGCGAAUGGGUCCUCUUGGACGAGAUCAACCUUGCAUCCCCCGACACUCUUGAGAACAUCGCCAGUCUCUUGAAUCAUGGUAGUGAAGGCUCACCGUCCGUUCUCCUUUCUGAGGCUGGAGAUGUAGAGCGUGUUUUUGGUCAUUCCGAUUUUCGCAUUUUUGGUGCCAUGAACCCUGCCACAGAUGCCGGGAAACGUGAUUUACCACCCGGCUUACGAUCGCGCUUCACCGAAUUCUACGUUCACUCCCCUGAUACCGAGCUGGAUGAUCUGCUAGCUCUGAUCGACAAAUAUCUCGGCAACUUGACAAUCGGAGACCAGAGAGCCGUGUCUGAUCUUGCACAACUUUAUCUGGAGACCAAGAAGCUCAGCAACAGCAACAAGCUAACAGAUGGAGCUGGGCAGCGGCCGCACUUCAGCAUUCGAACCCUUGUUCGAGCCUUAAUCUAUGUCAUUGACCAUGCCCACGUGUACGGGUUGAGGCGAGCCAUAUAUGAAGGCUUCAGCAUGAGUUUCCUCACUGUCCUCAGUUUGGAAUCAGAGCAAUCCUUAUCACCUCUGCUGGAGAAAUACAUCUUCGAAAAUGCCAAAAAUGCGAAAUCGCUCCUUGGUCGCACACCUCGUGCUCCAGACGAUGGUCUUGACUACGUUCAAUUCAAGCAUUAUUGGAUGCGACGUGGACCCAUGACACCAGAAGAGCAGCCGCACUAUAUCAUCACUCCGUUCAUUGAGAAAAAUCUCAAGAAUCUCGUCAGGGCUAGCUCGACGCGUCGUUUCCCAGUCUUGCUGCAGGGUCCUACAUCAGCAGGAAAAACAAGUAUGAUCGAGUACUUAGCGAAGGUCUCCGGCAACAAGUUUGUUCGUAUUAACAACCACGAACACACGGAUUUGCAGGAAUACCUAGGCUCAUAUAUAUCGUCAGACGACGGCAGUCUCCGAUACCAGGAGGGUGUCCUCGUGGAGGCGCUGAGAAACGGGUAUUGGAUUGUUCUGGAUGAAUUGAACUUGGCCCCAUCUGAUGUUCUUGAAGCGCUCAAUCGUCUUCUCGACGACAAUCGUGAGCUUUUCAUUCCAGAGACUCAGGAGGUCGUCCAUCCGCACCCGAACUUCAUGCUUUUUGCUACACAAAAUCCUGCUGGUCUUUAUGGGGGCAGAAAAGUACUUUCACGUGCAUUUCGGAACCGCUUCCUUGAGCUCCAUUUUGAUGAUAUUCCUGAGAGUGAACUGGAAUUCAUUCUCAAAGAGCGGUCUCAAAUCGCGCCAUCUUUCUGCAGCCGUAUUGUCUCGGUUUACCGCAGACUUUCAUUACUUCGUCAAUCAAAUCGACUGUUCGAGCAGAAGAACAGUUUCGCUACUCUCCGUGACCUUUUCCGCUGGGCUCUUCGCGAUGCUGACGACCGUGAGCAGCUAGCUGUUAAUGGUUAUAUGCUUCUCGCUGAGCGUGUACGUAACCCACAGGAGAAAGCCGCAGUGAAGAGUGUCAUUGAGGAAGUGAUGAAAGUAAAAUUGGACGAUGAUUUGCUUUACAGCGAGAAUCAAUUGAGGCUUAGUAUACCGGAGGCCGCUGAACUACCCUCCGGCAUCGUCUGGACCAAAGCAAUGCGUCGCCUGUUCGUCCUCGUCUCUCGGGCUCUCAAGAACAACGAACCGAUUCUUCUUGUUGGCGAGACUGGAUGUGGCAAAACGCAGCUCUGUCAAGCUGUGGCUGAGGCUUUUAAACGCGAGCUCUUCAUCGUCAACGCUCACGUUAAUCUGGAGACGGGAGACUUGAUAGGUGCCCAGAGACCUAUUCGAAACCGUGCAGCGAUUGAAAAGCAGGUGCUGGAAGACUUGCAGCAUCUUUUCCAUGGACAGGAAGUUGCAGGUCUAUCACUAGAGCAAUUGAAGCAUGAAUUUUUCUCGCUUGACGGUCAGAGGAAGCAGGAAAUGGACCAAAGCGUCGUGUAUCGCAUUGAGAAAAACCUGAUUCGAUGCAACGCUCUCUUUGAGUGGUCUGACGGCAGCCUAAUUACGGCCAUGAGAACUGGUCAAUUUUUCCUGCUGGAUGAGAUCUCACUCGCUGAUGACUCCGUCCUCGAGCGACUAAACAGUGUACUGGAACCUGCCAGGUCGAUUCUCUUGGCGGAAAAAGGUCCAAUUGACUCGAUGGUAGUGGCUCAUGCAGGGUUUCAAUUCAUGUCUACCAUGAACCCCGGUGGCGACUAUGGUAAGCGGGAACUCUCAGCUGCCUUGCGAAACCGCAUGACAGAAAUCUGGGCUCCUCAACUCUCCGAAGAUGAGGAUAUAUUGCCGAUUCUUCAAAUGCGACUCACUUUGAAGGAUGAGAAGAUUGCAAGGUCGAUGCUUCUUUUCGCUAAAUGGUUCAAAAUCACCUUCCAGAAUGCAACUAACACAUCACUCUCUUUGCGCGAUCUUCUUGCUUGGGUUGAUUUCGUGAAUACUUGCGAGAACCAAGACGUUCAGUUUGCUGUGGUUCAAGGUGCUGCGAUGGUUUUCGUUGAUACACUCGGUGCCAAUCCAGCUGCCAUGCUUGCAGUCUCCUUGAGUAAUCUGGAUGAGAACCGUCAAAAGUGUCUCGAGAAAGUGGGCGAGCUGUUCAGUGUGGAUGCCUCGAAGAUCUACUGGCAAAAUUCGACCGUUUCUCUCGAUUCUGGCCACUUGAAGAUUGGUCCUUUCUCGUUACCUGUUGUCGGUGAUGCGAACCCUGAUCCACAAUUUACCAUGGAUGCACCGACCACAGUAGCGAAUUCGGUCAGAAUUGCUCGUGGUCUGCAGUCCUCUAAGCCUAUCCUUAUGGAAGGUAGCCCGGGUGUUGGAAAAACAACGCUGGUCACUGCUUUAGCGAAAGCUCUUGGAAAGCCACUUACGCGAAUCAAUCUCUCCGAGCAAACAGACCUGACGGACCUUUUUGGUUCUGAUGUUCCUGUUGAAGGUGGGGAUGUUGGACAAUUCACAUGGCGUGACGCCCCAUUCUUGCGAGCAAUGCAACGCGGUGACUGGGUUCUUCUUGAUGAAAUGAACCUGGCCUCACAGUCGGUUCUUGAAGGUCUGAAUUCUUGUCUGGAUCAUCGGCAGCAGGUCUACAUCGCUGAGCUGGACCAGACUUUCAAGCGCCACCCUGACUUUGUACUUUUCGCGGCCCAGAACCCCCACCAUCAAGGUGGUGGAAGAAAGGGCCUUCCCGCAUCUUUCGUGAACCGGUUCACUGUUGUAUACGCGGACAGCUUCACCGAUGCAGACCUGAAGAAGAUUUGCGCCAAGCUCUUCCCCGGAAGCCCUCAGUCCCAAACCGAGAAACUCGUUGAUUUCAUCUCUUCUUUGAACAAGGCGAUAGUGACAGAACGCAGGCUCGGCGCUGUAGGGGGCCCAUGGGAAGUCAACCUCCGUGAUAUUCAGCGUUGGCUGCAAUUAGCCGACCGUGGCGAUUUGCAGAUUUCCACCAGGCACUUCCUAGACGUUGUGAUCAGCCAGAGGUUCAGAACCCUGGAAGACCGGACGCAAGUAUCUCAAAUCUAUGACCGGAUAUUCAGUGCCCCCGAGGCUGACGAGAAGAGUUACUUCCAUAACUUGACUCCUGAUUACAUGCAAGUGGGCCUGGGUAUAUUGAACAGAGAUCCUCUCUUGCAACGUUCCUUUGGGCCGAAUGUGAGAGUCUUACCACGAGAUCUCCAAAUUUUGGAGUCCCUCAUCUUGUGUAUUGACAACAGUUGGCCCAGCAUCCUUGUUGGACCCGCCGGCUGCGGCAAGACAACAUUGAUCAAAAAGCUGGCUGCGAUCAAUGGUGCAAGUCUCGAGGAGCUCGCUCUGAGCGCAGAUACCGACACUAUGGAUUUGAUUGGAGGAUUUGAGCAAAUUGAUCACAGGAGAGAGAUAUCAUCCUUGGUACAUGACGUUCAAGUCUUUCUACAAAGGCAGGUCAUUGAAUCUUUCUCCUCUGCAGCAGUUUCUGAAGCUGCCGCUGGAGACCGUCUUGUCAUCGCUGGCCUCUUUAUGCCAGUCUUUCCCCGAUUCGACUCUCGAGGGUUUCCACAAGCGGGCACAAGAUCUGUGCAUGCUAUGGAAAAUUCCGACAAGAUGAAAGUGGGAUUCGAGUGGACGGAAGGUGUUCUAACAAGAGCUGUUCAGAACGGAUCGUGGGUCAUCCUCGACAACGCCAACCUUUGCAAUCCAUCAGUCUUGGAUCGGCUGAAUUCGUUGACUGAACCAAAUGGCAUGCUCAUUCUGAACGAACAGCGAACGGAGGAUGGAUCUGCAAGAGUGAUCACUCCCCAUCCCGCAUUCCGUCUCUUCAUGACCAUGGAUCCUCGACAUGGCGAACUAUCUCGCGCUAUGCGUAACCGUUGCACUGAAAUUUGUUUCAUGGCAAAUCAGCAGCUUGAAUUAACCCCAAGUUUGACUCCUUCAUAUACAUGCGAGUCUUCAUUAUACAGACUACGUCAUGUCUGGAAGUCCACGAAGACACUGGCAUCCACGUCCUCAGCGACACGCGAAGAAGAUUUCUUGGAAAUUUGUUUCGAUCACCUCUCUCCAGCAGACAUCAAUUAUCUGGGUGGCUCUUCUCACAUAUUCUUGCCAAAUUCGACUGGACCUGAUUUGAAGGAGCGCGUAUCGGACAAUCUUCAACGCUAUGUCUCAUUGGUCCAAGAGAAUGAGAAUUGGAAGCCCCAAGAUGUUCUGAAUGAGCAAGUAUCCAUGUCAGGUGCUCUACUUGCCAUCAAAGGUAGACGGCAGCCUGUUCACCCUCUUAUCAACGAGCCCUUGCUGUCUGUUAUUGGAGGUAGACGCUACCGCGCAAAGGUUAUAGUUCUAGCAUACUUGCAGGAGUUCAAGUUGGAGCUAUAUCGUCUAAAGAAGCGCCUGGUACAGUCGAAUGAGUCUGCAAAUCAACACAAGCCAAGCCAGAUGACACGAUUGGAGAGAUCCCUGGCCUCUGACAGAAUACCCUCGCUUAUGAAAGACUCGACCCAGCCUGUUGGGAGCUUCUUGUCCGAUUGUGGGCAGGCUCUAUAUGAUUAUAUCAAUGCGUUCGGCGAGGAGAGUCUUGAGUCUUCUGAAUUCGUGUCUGCCCUACGAAUGGUCUUCAGCCUGUGCUAUGACAUCUAUAGAAUCACCAACCUGAGUCAACUUAACGAAGGCGAAUUCCAGGUGUAUUUGCAGAUUGGAAGAACCGUCUGCGCAUCCCUCGGAGAUUCAUCACCCACACUUCAGCCCCUGGGGAGAGCUUUGGCAAACGCACUCUCCCGUUUCCAAGCAGGAUGGGCACUCACAACUGGUCUCAGCAUGCAGAAAAUGUGGGAUGCAUGGAGACAAGUGACGCCAGCCUCCCCGGAUCAGCUGGCGUUACUGAUUGAUUUGGAAAACACCGUGGCGCAUUUUACAGACUUGGCAUUGCAGACCCGAGUCGAAGUUUCCCAGCUAAGCGCUGUUUGGAAUUCACUAAUGAACGCGCACAAGUUCAUUUUACAGGAUGGCGCUGAUGGCGAUCUGCUACUCAAUGAGAUCAAGCAGACAGUCACACAGCUUAAUCAAGCUGUGCGUCGUUCUAACGCAACUCAGCAACCUUACUUCUCCAAAGAAUUCGAGGCGCUUUGCCAGUACCACGACAUUGAGGCUAUUCACUCAAAGCAAUUUGUGCAAUCAGUUGUACCAUUGCUUGCGGGUCGCCGCGCACGCUCCCUAGAUGCUUCAAUUUCUCAUAGUCGGGUUCCAGAGAUGCUCAACAGACUUGCGUUAUUCUCGGGCGCAGGAGUCAAAUCCAGCGGAGCAUUAGCUAUUGGAGGUGUUCUUUCACUGUCUCUCUUGGAGCGAUUGACUUCUGUCAAUGGAACGACCUUGGGUCAAAUGGAUCUGCUUCAAGCAGAAACGAAGGCGCUUUCUGAGGCCAUCACCUUGAGCACUGGGCAUGUUGGAACUGAACAAGCUCGGGUUCUCAGUCGUGCCAUUGCAGCUCUCACAGCUGAGCUUGUUUCCUGCCACAGCGAGUUCUUUGACUCUACCUCUGUCGGGCAACUUCUUUCGACUCUGAAGCAACUGGAACGAGGGCAUUCUGACGAAAACUGGAACUAUCCGUCCGUGGUUACAGAUUCUACCUUGCCUCCAAAUCACUACUUUGUUAGCUUUGCGCAGGUCGCCCUCCCUGCCCUUGUCUCCUCCUUGAUUAAGUCGAUCACAAGCGACCAGGCUGUCCGCGUCACUGGGCGUGCAGCUGUGCAGCUGGCGGUCAUUCUCCUUCGUCUUUUCGUGCCAGACAAGGCAUUUGAUCCCUCACUUGACCUCGUCGUCCAAAGACAACGAUAUCAACGACGACUGGACGAGUUCACUAGCAAGUCAAACGCUAUUCUCGCAUUUGAGCACAACUUCUCUGGAGAGUCAUCCAACCUUCGUUCGAAUUUGUUGAAAGAAGAGAUCCAGCAACUUGGCUCUGCCCCGCCUCCUUCGUCCGUGACUCGUCCGGAGAAAUCUGAGCUCAGCCUUUUGCAUGGCGAAUUCCUGAACCUUAUAAACUCUGUUGUGAAACGAAGCCCGGAAAAGAUGGUUGAGUCGUCAGACAUGAUCGCUGAGUCGCGGGAAACGAUCCAACUGCUCCGUGACAAUAUCGCCCAGCUAUGCAGUCGCCUCAGCACAAACUAUCGAUCUUACGAUGAUAUUACUGUCCCGAUUGUUCGGUUCCUUCAGCUCCUCGAUCUCGGUCUCUUCGUGGCUUCAAGUGAAGACACACAACCAAGCACGGUACAGGAUAUUCAACCUCUAAGCGAACGCACGCCAUUCAUGGGAGGCUACCAGCAUCCAGUUCUUUCGUCCAGUGUUGUUGCUCCCUCGCACAGCCAGGGAAAUGCGGUAGAAAUGCGGCUGCACGAAUUGACUGCCCUGUGGACAGCAAAAGAUGCUGAUUCGAGUAUUAUUCACGUGAAAUCCUUCCGUGACUCUCUCCGUCGCAUCUUUUCCGAUUUCCACUACCUGUGGAAGACACAAUUAAAAGAGGAUCAAGAGAAAGAGGCCGAAAAAAACGAGCUUUACCGAUAUCGCGGUUCGUGGGAAGACGAAGAAGAGGUCAACGACGCUGAGCUACACCAGCUGUUCCCAACUUACGACGACGGUCAGAUAGAAGCCGCGGUCAAUGAUCGCAUUGACCCCCGGGCGAUUGCCGUACGUAUCUCAGCUCUCCACGCGAAGAUUGUUAACGCUCAGCGCUCUGGCGACGCACUUCCUCAAUUCGUGAAAGAGUCUGGCCAACUUCUUGGCUCCAUGUGGUCGUCAAGUCAAACUUCUUUCUCGCCUGUGUCACCGCAGAGUCACCUUCCUGCUGUCUUACUUCUUUUGGAAGACGUCAUGAACACCGGAUCUGAGAUGAAAACAAAGAAGAAUUACAACUUCUACACAGACCCUAAUUUGGCGGAAGCUAGAAAGCUGGUCGAUCUGACGCUCUCAGUUCAAUCUCGCUUCGCACAGAUUCAGAUUGCAUGGCCCGAACACGCCGUGCUGCAAGAAGUCAUCAAUUGUUGUUCAGAGAUUCUUCAAUUCAAGCACACAGAGCCUGUCGCCAAAUUUUUGACAAAGCUUGAGAAGCUCCAUUCCUACGUUCACGAAUGGCAGCUGGUUGCCAGCAGAGAAUAUUCGGCCGCGGCCCUGUACGAUGAAAUCACGGCUACCACCGUUGGCUGGCGACGACUUGAGUUAACGACAUGGGCAAAGCUCCUUGAUCUUGAAAAGGAGCGCUGCAAUGAAGAUGUGAGCUCGUGGUGGUUCGUGGCUUACGAAGCGCUCCUAGCUGUGCCUCUCCAGAUGGCUGAGAAUGGCGAGAAAGAGAUGGGUGCGCACAUCCAAGGCGUCAUCUUCACCUUGGAACAAUUUUUCCAAUCCACAUCCCUUGGUCAGUUCGCCCGCCGUCUGCAGCUUGUCUCGGACUUCCAGUCCCUCCUGGUCGCAUUUACGCGCGACUACGACUGUCUCACGCCCCUGGUUACUGCGCUGGCAAACUUUCUCUCUCACUACCGACCGUUCGAGCCGUCGGUUGAGAAAAUCCUUCAUGACAAACGAGCGGUUCUUGAAAAGGAUAUCAAGGAGCAAAUCCAGUUGGCCAGCUGGAAAGAUACAAACAUUGUUGCCCUCAAGGAAAGUGCCCGAAGAUCGCAUGUCAAGUUGUUCAAACUUGUUCGCAAGUAUCGUGAGGCUCUUGCUCAGCCCAUUCAGGCAGUGCUCGAACAAGGACUGCCCGAUCUCACCGAGGUGCAUGGUAGCCAGUCACCAACUCAGGCGACUCUUGCGCCUGUACUGCUCACAGAUGUCCUGCCUGCCUGCCAGUCCCAACAAGGAAUCUGGUCUUCCAGAGCUCUCCGGUUCCAGAAUCCGGAUGGCACCGCUCGUAACAUGACGAACCUCUAUUCGUCUAUUCCAACCGAGUUUGAUAUUGCCAAGGACCUCGACGACUUCACUGUUUCUAUCAUUGAAAACAUCAAUGAAUUCAAAUCCGCAACGCCCAAGACGUUGACAGAGGAGAACAAGGAUGACGUGCAACACCUCAAGGUUCAAAAACGCCGUCUCUUUGCGGAUACUUUGAAGCGCCUCUUUGAAAUGGGAGUCAAGCGUAAUGCGGGUACCAGUCUGAUUGAAGCUCAGCUAUCCUUGUCGCAAGUGCUUUCCACGAGCUCCGCCUUUGACCUCGUCAAUGUCACCAAGGGCCAUGGACAGCUUCAGAGCGCCGACUCUUAUUUCCACAGGUUGCUUGAUCUUUUGCCUCGUGCUCGUCUGGCCUCGCGAAACUACUCUGAUGAGCUCAGCAAUGUCGAAGUUUCCCGCAGCAUGGGCUCUAUCGAGUACCUGUUGUUCAUCAUUCGACGUCAAAGAGGCGUGCUUUCGCCAGCAUUGUCAGACUUGAGCGAGUUGGGUUCAACUUUAGAUAAGGCAAGACAAUUGUGGACUGUUGGCUCCGGCAAGCUGAUCAAGGAUGGUGAUGCUGGCGGUGAUGAGACGCUGGGCUUGACUCGGCUUAUUGCUUGGCUCAGCCCAAUUCUUGGCCUGGCUCUACAGAUCAUUGAGGUGCAUUCUCGCUUCUCCGGCAUUUCUGUGACAUCACUUUCACAGGAGCUGAAGGCCAAAAAAGCUGCCCUUGACGAUUUGUGUCUCGCGUUGAGGUCCCAGCCCUCACUGCCUGCCGGAAUUGCUUCUUCAGGUCAGAAAGAACUUGUGCAACGUGCCAGACAGCUUCUUUCACAGUUGGGGCAUGACAUUCAAACCUGGGUCAGCGAUCGUCCUGAUUUGUCCUUUGCGUUGGAGCAGAUCCGCCCGUGGAUCAAGAGCGAGCAUGUACCUACAGCUGGACAGAUUGGAGCAGGAAGCGUGCCCAUCGAGCGCUUUGACGCAUCUCUCAUGUCUGCCGUCGACAAAAUGCUGGUGGGUCUGCAACAACUCAAGGAUGUUCCCAACGGACUUACUUUCGACGGCCUCAUGUCACGGAGUGACGAGUUCUUCUCACGCGCAUCAAAAGCACUUCAUCUGAAGGAAAUCACGGGAUCACUGGCUGGAGUCCUCGACCGUCUGCAGAAUUUGCAAGACGAGUCCUCCAGUGCCCUUCCCCUGGCAGCAGCUCUUGUGGCAAGCAUUCUGCCCAUUGCUACUCAAUUCUACGAGAUUUGUCAAGACCUUACUCUCCGAUUUACCUCCGUCCACCGUGAGAUAUGCAAGACAUCUUACGUCUUGACCAAGACUUUCACGCAGGUGGCAUCGGAAGGGUUCUGCAGCCCUGCCGAAGCAUCUCAGGAUGAAGGUAAAGAAGGCAAAAUGGAGAGUGGAACCGGUCUCGGUGACGGUGAAGGUGCGGAGGAUAUCAGCAAGGAUGUUGGAGAUGAUGAAGACCUGUCUGAACUGGCACAGCAAGCUCAGAAGGAAGACGCCGAGAAAGAUGAGAUGGAGGAUUCUGCCGAGGCUGUCAAUAUGGAUCAAGAAGAGCUCGAAGGUGAAACGGGCGAUCACAAGGAGGAGGAAGGCGAAGACGAGGACAAGGGCGAUGAAGAUGAUGAGAACGAGGAUGAUAUUGAUGAGGAGGUUGGAAGUGUCGACGGCCUUGACUCGGGAGCUGUAGAUGAGAAGCUAUGGGACGGUGCCAAUGAUGAACAGCAGAAGGAGACGGAGAACGAGGAAGGGAAGGGCCAGGCUGAAGACGAUCAGCAGACCGCGGCCCAGGAACAGAAGAAAGAUGGCGAAGAAGGUCCCAAGGGUGAAGAAGGAGAGGAGGACGAGGACGAGGAGGAGGACGAGGAGGAGGAAGGAAGCCCCUGA